CCCCCUGCUCCUCCGCGUAGGCCUCCCCCUGCUCCUCCGUGCGGGCCUCCUCCUCCGUGCAGGCCUCCUCGUGCGGCCCCGGUCCGUGCCGCAGCAGGGUGGUGCGGGAGAAGGAUGUGGGGCUGGUGGGCGCGGUGGCCCCGCCUGCGUCUGGCCGUGCUGCUGCUCCUCAGCGGGGGCGGCUGGUCCGGCUGGUCCGGCUGGUCCUGCUGGCCCGGGGCCCGGGCGGAGGGCGGCCCGGAGGCGGCGGCGGCGGCGGCGGCCGAGGAGGAGCAGGACCCCCACGCCAAGCACUUGUACACGGGAGAGAUGUUCAGCCACGGCAUCGAGAGCGCCGCGCACUUCGUCAUGUUCUUCGCGCCCUGGUGUGGGCAUUGCCAGCGAUUGCAGCCAACAUGGAAUGAACUAGGGGAUAAAUACAACAAGCUGGAAAAUGCCAAGGUCUAUGUGGCUAAAGUGGAUUGCACUGCAGAUACUGAAGUGUGUUCUGCACAGGGGGUUAGAGGCUAUCCCACUUUGAAGUUGUUUAGACCUGGCCAAGAAGCUGUGAAGUAUCAGGGAUCCAGGGAUUUCCAGACACUGGAAAACUGGAUGUUACAGACCCUAAGUGAGGAACCAAGUACUCCAGAACCUCCAGUGGAACCCCCUAAAGCCCCUGAACCUAAACAGGGACUGUAUGAGCUUUCAGCAGCCAAUUUCAAAUUGCACACUACAACAGGAAACCACUUUAUCAAGUUCUUUGCCCCUUGGUGUGGCCACUGCAAGGCCCUGGCCCCGACCUGGGAGCAGCUGGCUUCGAUCUUUGAACAUUCUGAAACGGUCAAGAUUGGCAAGGUUGACUGUACACAGCAUUAUGAACUUUGUUCUGGAAACCAAGUGCGUGGCUACCCCACCCUUCUCUGGUUUAAGAAUGGCGAAAAGGUCGAUCAAUACAAAGGAAAGCGGGAUUUGGACUCACUGAAAGAAUAUAUUGACUCACAACUACAAAAUGCUGAUGAUGCCCCAGAGGCUCCCAAACCUUCUGAAAUCCCACCAGAGGGUGCUGAGCCCACUCAGGAUGAGGUCAACAUGCUGUCUCUCACCGAAAAUGACUUUGAUAAGACUGUUGCAAAUGGGAUAACUUUCGUCAAGUUUUAUGCUCCAUGGUGCGGGCACUGUAAGAAGUUAGCUCCUACUUGGGAAGAGCUGUCAAAAGAGCAAUUCCCUGGGCUGACAGAUGUCAAAAUAGCCAAGGUGGACUGCACCGCUCAACAUGCCAUCUGCAGCAAAUUCUCAGUGCGCGGCUAUCCGACGCUGCUGCUCUUCCGGGCAGGAGAGAUGAUCAAGGAACACAGUGGAGCCAGAGACCUCGAAACCCUGCACAGUUUUGUUCUGCGCCAGGCCAAAGACGAACUGUAAAAAUACUGGGAGUCACCUUCCCUGGCGGCUCUCCCACACCCUAUUUGCAGGAGUUAAAUCAUGUCAGUGUUACCGCAUUUCAAAUGGCGGUUAUUUGGAAUGUUCUAAAUUUGUGGUAGCUUCUGUGUGUAGUGUUUUUUUUAAGCCAACACACUGUACUGAUUCUCUACUAAGUUUGUCUAGGUAAAUGUGUCACAAACAGCCACCGUGCAGAAUAUUUUCAGAAGCACGACGUCAUGUUGCCCUUUGACUGUCCCCCAAUGAAAUUUAAAUGGAUUCUUUUGAGACUUAAAGGUGAGGAGAGUCAAGCCUAAGGAAAUUGGUUAACUACUUUGUUGGUUCCAGGAUGAAUUGGAUCAAAAGCCUCACUAUCCGUGGUCAGCACCCAAACUGCCCAGGAUUACUAGAAAGGCACAAGCCUCAGUUUUACAAAAACUGCCUUUUAAACAAAAGUUUACAGCUUAAUUUUGCUCCGCUCUAGAUCUUGAAAAGAACAAGAAAAAAAAUCUGCCCUGUUGGAUAAUGUCAGCCCACUAUUAAAUGUUUCCCAUUCAUAUUUUUCUCUGUGUGGGACACUAGCCAUAAUGACAUUAAUGGUACUUUUAAUCUGUGCCUGAAUAAGAUAAUACCGAUGCCAUAAGAGUGUGUAUGUGUGUGUGUGUGAGUCUGUGUGUGUGUGUGUGUGUGUGUGAAAGAGAGAGAGAGAGCACACCAUGCAUGCCAGGUUAAUUUACUAACUGUUCAAGAACAUAUCUAUUAUUAAUGAAGCGGAAAUUUGCACACCUUCAUUGUGUUUAAAAGAAGAUGGAGUAUAGACAUUCUCAAACUUUAAAGUUUGAUGAACCUUCCAACUUGUCAAGAGCAGAAUAAAAGGAUCAGACAACCUUUUGGUAAAAAUCUCUACUGGAAAAUGUUAAAAUGGCUGUCUUAGAGAAACCUUUUCUUAAGGGUCUCUAAUACGAUUGGUUUACUUAGUCUGAAUAUAAUCCUUAUUCACGGGGAAAGUGCCAGUCCUAGAAGUACUUACAGCUUCAGAAGGUGGUGGUCUCUACUCACUUGUCCAGCUAGCCCCAACUAUUAAGGCACAGCUGAGGUGAAGUGCAGCUGAUUCUGUUGAACUGAAACAGCCCUCUUUAGAGAUUUUCCAAAAGCCAUUUUAGAACAAUGAAUACACAGACUCUGUUGUGCUGCUGAGGAG